CCUUACGGGUGAAGGGAUCAACACUAAUUAAGAGAAAAAAAUGUUUAAUGGACAGUUGAUCAAGAUGCACAUGUUAAAAGAAGGAGAAAGAAGCUGCCAUGUGUUAUAAUUGACAAAGUUUGAUGUUGAAUUUAUACAAAAAAAUGACGAAUCUGCACAAGUCAAACAUGGGUAAAGUUCACGGUUCCCUUGCUCGUGCUGGUAAAGUAAAGUCUCAAACCCCCAAGGUUGCUAAGCAAGAAAAGAAGAAGCCAAAGACUGGCCGUGCUAAGAAGAGACAAAUCUACAACCGUCGUUUCGUCAAUGUUACCACCCAAAUUGGUGGCAAGCGUAGAAUGAACCCUGCUCCUACUCAAGGUCCUUAA